GCGCGGUCGCCAUGGCGACGGCCCCGCCUGUGGCAGCGGCGGGCGCGGCCCGAGGGCGCGGCGGGGACAGCGAGGGGACAGCGAGGCGACAGCGCCGGAUUCCUCCCCGGCAUCUCCACAACGUGACAGAGCCGCCAUAACCCUGCAGAAAUUUGGGAAUUUUUUGGGCAAUUUUUGGUUCCACCACCAGGAGAUGCUCCCCAAACUUUGCUCCUACACAGCACAGAGGAUGGAGGCUUAGGGGGUGGUUUAUGGAGGGAUAAACCACCCCCUCCCCCACACCGGAGGCGGAUUUUGGGGUGAUGCCGCCGCUGUCCCCCCUCCCUGCCGCGGAUUUGGGGGCGCCAUGGCCGAGCACCGGGAGCUGGUGGCCGAGAUGGCGGCGGUGGCGCGGUUGGGCACGGCCGAGCGGCUCCGGCACGCGCAGCGGCGCCGCGCCCUGCAGCUGCAGGCCUGGGCACGCGCCCAGCGGGAAACGCCGGCAACGCCCCGAGGAGGAGGAGGAGGAGGAGGAGGAGGGGAGAGGAAGAGCAGGAGGAGGAGGAAGAGGGUGACGUUCCCGGCCAGCGUGCGGCUCCUGGAGGCGGCGGCGCGGCACGACGCCGAGGAAGUCCGGCAGUUCCUGGAGAGCGGGAUCAGCCCCGACCUGUGCAACGAGGACGGGCUGACGGCGCUGCACCAGAGCUGCAUCGACGACUCCCUGCCCCUGGUCCGGCUCCUCCUGGACUCGGGCGCCGACGCCAACGCGCGGGACGCGGAGCUCUGGACGCCGCUGCACGCGGCUGCCACCUGCGGCCACCUGCGCCUGGUGCAGCUGCUCGUCCAGCGCGGCGCCGACCUGCUGGCGCUGAACUCGGACGGGAACAUGCCCUACGACCUGUGCGAGGACGAGGCCACGCUGGAGUGCCUGGAGAGCGCCAUGGCACAGCAGGGGAUCACGCAGGAGCGCAUCGAGGAGGCGCGGGCGGCCACGGAGCGAGCCAUGGUCACCGAGAUCCGCCAGCUCAUCCGCGACGGCGAGGAGCUGGACACGCCCCGGGGACAGCACGGGGGCACCCUGCUGCACGUGGCAGCCGCCCACGGGUUCCUGGAGGCGGCCGAGCUGCUGCUGGAGCACCGCGCCCGCCCCGACGUGUGCGACGCCGACGGGUGGCAGCCCCUGCACGCCGCCGCCUGCUGGGGACAGGUGCCGCUGGCGGAGCUGCUGGUGGCGCACGGCGCCGAGCUCGGCGCCAAAUCGCUGCUGGAUGAGACGCCCCUGGAUGUGUGCGGGGACGAGGAGGUGCGGGCCAAGCUGCUGGAGCUGAAGCACAAGCGGGCGGCCGUGCUGAAAUGCCAGGAGAGGCACAAGGGGCUGCUGCAGAGGAGAACGUCCAGCGCCGGCAGCCGCGGGAAGGUGGUUCGCCGCGCCAGCCUGUCGGAGCGCUCGAGCCGCUACCGCCGGGAGCUGCAGCGCGAGGCCAUCGUCUGGGGACACCUCGGGGACAGCGAGGACGACGACAGGGCCACCACCGAUGGCACCGCCACCACCGGUGUCACCACGGCCACCACUGGUGUCACCACGGGCACCGCCGAGACGCGGCCACCGCUGCCACCGGCCGGGCACCGCGGAGGGGCCGCGGAGCCGCCCCCGCUGUCCCCUCACCCCAACGGCUCCGCGCUGUCCCCGCUGUCCCCGCUGUCCCCUCGCUCGGGUGACAAAAGCCACCCGCACACCCUGGCCGACCUCAAACGGCACCGGGCGGCCGCCAAAAACCCCAAAAACGACCCCAAAAACGACCCCAAAAACCCCGAAAUGUCGCUCGGGGACACCCCUGGGGACAUCGGGGACACCCUUGGGGACAUUGGGGACACCCUCGGGGACACCCUUGGGGACAUCGCGGACAUGGCGGAGCCGCCGCUGCUGCGUUUGACGGCGCCGCCGCCCGAGGCGCCCUCGGGGAAGCGGCGCUGCUGCCGCCUGAUGUGACCGAACCGAACCCGGGGUCACCCCGCGGUUUGGGGGUGUCCCCUCGGUGUCACUCGGUGUCCCCAAAAACGGGAAUUUUUGGUUUUUUUUGUUUUUUUUUUUUUUUUCUUUGUCGCUUUUUUUGUCCCCCCGAAAAAAAGAAAAAAAAAACCCCAAAAAUGGGGACGAGGAACAAAACGGGG